CCGGAAUCUUUUAUUUAGCAGUCCAAUGUUCGAACUCAAAGGAUUUAAAAAACCAUCGAUGCGUAUUUAAUCGGAAUCGUUUCAAAAUGGAAUUAUCGAUAUGAUAUCGAUUGGUUUUUCAAUCAUUUGCAUGUGUUUAACCGUCUAUGAAGAUUAAAGCACGUUCUUUCGGUUAUUGUUUUGUGAUACAGUGAAGUUUUGUGAUAUUAAAUUUUAUUAUUAAAUGAAAAAAUGGGUACUGUAAAAACUAUGGAAAUAGAUAUGCUUCCAGGUGAUCUGGAAUUUGGAGUGUUUUCAAGUGAAGAAAUAAAGCGACUCAGCGUCGUCAAAAUAAUAACGGGCUUAACUUUUGAUCCACUUGGCCAUCCAUUGCCUGGCGGCUUGUAUGACAAUUUAAUGGGCAGCUAUGGUCGACGAAUGGAACCAUGUUCUACUUGUUUCAACAUUCAGGCCUGUCCUGGACAUAUGGGACAUAUUGAAUUAAACGCUCUGGUGUUUAAUCCAUUUUUUAUAAAGCUAGUACAAAAAAUGUUAAGCGUAUUUUGUUUAAACUGCUUUAAGAUACAAUUGAAAGAUCACGUUUGCCAAAUUCUUGCACUUCAACUACGCCUGAUAGAUGCGGGAUAUGUGGUCGAGGCACAAGAGUUGGAAAUAUUUAAAUCAGAAAUAGUUUCCCAAAACGAAGAGCAUUUAGUGAAGCUUGAAGGUGGAGAUUACGUCCAUCCCCGGAUAGCGGCCAUGUUUGAACUCCUAAAGAAAGGUAAAUCUAAUGCUUCUAAUAAUACGAAAACUUCAUGCGGAAUACGCUCGGCCUUAGUGCAUGCAGCACUUCAACGAGUUCCCUUUAAGAAAUGUAUUCACUGCCAAAAGCCACUCCGUAAUAUUCGCUAUUUAUAUCGCAAAUUGGUAUAUUAUAUAACAGCAGCAGAGAUGAAAAAUAUCAUGCCAGAGGUACAGCAAACCGUUGGACAAAAUAAAUCUAUUUUUGCCGACGAAUGCCGCAAGUUUCUGAGGCAAAUAUACGACAAUUAUCCGGAAUUGUUGAAACUUCUGUUUCCUCUAUUGAAAUUAAAUGCUAGUGGUAAUAUUUGCCCUGUGGACAUAUUUUUCAUGGACACAAUACCUGUUAUACCACCAAAAGCACGUCCACCCAACAUAUUACAUGAUCAGAUUGUUGAGCACCCUCAAACUGGCAUUUACAGGGCAAUAAUUGAAAACAACGCUGUUUUACGUGUGGUUAUGAAGCAUCUUAAGGGCCUUAGAGAAGAAUUGCCGGAUGAAGCGCAACGUGUAUAUGAAAGUACUAGAGGAAAAUCACCAUAUGAAAAGCUGUAUAAUGCUUGGCAAUCUCUUCAAACAUCAGUGGAUUUGUUGUUAGAUAUAACUGCUAGCAGAGAUUCACCUUCAAAUCAAGGUCUCAAGCAAGUUUUAGAGAAAAAAGAGGGGUUAAUACGUAAGCAUAUGAUGGGUAAACGUGUUAACUAUGCGGCAAGAACAGUUAUUACGCCCGAUCCAAAUAUAAACGUUGAAGAAGUGGGUAUACCUGACAUUUUCGCACGCAAGCUUAGUUAUCCAGUACCAGUAACACCUUGGAAUGUCGCCGAGUUGCGUAAAAUGGUGAUGAAUGGUCCAGACAUCCAUCCUGGAGCCAAUUAUAUACAAGAUGAGAAAGGUUACACAACACUUAUACCAGCAGAUAAUGCUGCAAAACGUGAAAGUAUGGCUAAGUUGCUUUUUAAUUAUCCUGAAAAUGGUAUAAAGGUGGUGCAUCGUCACGUUCUUAAUGGUGACGUACUUCUACUCAAUCGUCAACCGUCUCUUCAUCGACCUUCAAUAAUGGCACAUAAAGCACGCAUUCUACCAGGCGAAAAAACUUUCCGGUUGCAUUAUUCAAAUUGUAAAGCAUAUAAUGCUGAUUUCGAUGGUGAUGAGAUGAACGCUCAUUUCCCUCAAAGUGAAGUAGCGAGGGCAGAGGCAUAUAAUCUUGUAAACGUUGCGAGCAACUAUUUGGUGCCUAAAGAUGGCACACCUUUGGGUGGUUUGAUUCAGGAUCAUGUUAUAUCAGGUGUAAAAUUAUCAAUACGAGGUCGCUUUUUCAAUCGAGAGGAUUAUCAACAAUUGGUUUAUCAAGGUCUUUCACAUUUACGACACAAAAUUAAACUUCUUCCACCGACAAUUCUAAAACCAACCGUUCUUUGGUCCGGAAAGCAAGUGCUUUCGACAAUAAUCAUUAAUUUAAUACCCGAAGGGUAUUCACGAAUCAAUUUGCAUACGCAGGCGAAAAUAAAUUCAAAGCAAUGGGUUGUCUCUCCACCACACGUAGCUGCGUGUGCUGCACUGGGUGGCGGUGAUUUAUGUGAGAGCAAUGUUAUAAUUCACAAAGGUGAACUUUUAACCGGAGUUUUGGACAAACAACAAUACGGCGCAACAACUUAUGGUUUGAUUCAUUGCAUGUAUGAGUUAUAUGGUGGCGAGGUAUCAACACAUUUACUGACGGCCUUUACAAAAGUUUUCACAUCAUUUUUACAACGAGAAGGAUUUACACUUGGCGUACAGGAUAUAUUAGUAACCGCUAAUGCAGAUGCACAACGGCGCAAAAUCGUCAAGGAGAGUCGCAAUGUUGGUGAUUCGGCCGUUGCUGCUGCAUUAGAGCUUGAGGAGAUUCCUUCACUUGAUGUGCUUGUUGAAAAAAUGGAAGACGCCUACAUCAAAGAUCCCAAGUUUCGUGUUAUUUUGGAUCGUAAAUAUAAAGCUUUACUAGAUGGGUACACAAACGAUAUAAAUCGCACUUGUUUACCUGAUGGACUCAUAUCGAAAUUUCCACAAAACAAUUUACAAUUAAUGGUACUAUCCGGUGCUAAGGGAUCCAUGGUAAAUACUAUGCAAAUAUCUUGUUUAUUGGGACAAAUCGAGUUGGAAGGCAAACGUCCACCAUUAAUGAUAUCCGGGAAGUCGUUGCCCAGUUUUACUUCAUUCGAAACUUCACCAAAGUCGGGUGGCUUCAUUGAUGGCCGGUUCAUGACAGGCAUUCAACCACAAGAUUUUUUCUUCCAUUGUAUGGCAGGACGUGAGGGUCUCAUUGAUACUGCUGUAAAAACAUCACGUUCAGGCUAUUUGCAACGAUGCCUGAUUAAACACCUCGAAGGUCUGACUGUUGGCUAUGAUAUGACGGUGCGUGACAGUGAUAGCAGUGUCGUCCAGUAUCUUUACGGCGAAGAUGGAUUGGACAUACUCAAGUCAAAAUUCUUCAAUACAAACUUCUGUACGCAAUUUUUAGCGCUUAAUUAUACAUCAAUCAUUCAUUCGAAAGAGCUGCAAAACAUUAAAGAUGAACAGACGCUGCUGAAAAUUUCCCGACAUGUUAAAAAAAUUCGCAAAUGGCAUAAUAAACGUAUGGAAAAACAAAUUCCAGGAGAGGCUAAGAGAAUACGGUCGGCAUUUGCUGAGUUUUCAGGAGAUACUCCUACAAAAGUGAAUUCACUUGAAGUAAAUCCAAAAACAGGACGUAGCAUUGAAUAUGAUUAUAAGAGAAAACUUUGGCGAAAAGCAGAUGAGGAAACAAAAGAGCAAUACAGGAAGAUUAGCACACGUUGCCCUGAUCCCACAACAGCCAUAUAUAAACAAGACAACUGUUAUGGUAGUGUGUCUGAACGAUUGGAGAAAAUAGUAGAAGAAUAUAAGAGAAAAUAUCCUAACAGUAAAGCGGCAAUUGACGACAUAAUAUAUAUUAAAAACUUAAAGGCGUUAGUUGCGCCCGGUGAACCUGUUGGAUUACUAGCCGCACAGUCGAUUGGCGAACCGUCCACUCAGAUGACAUUGAAUACCUUUCAUUUUGCCGGUCGUGGUGAAAUGAAUGUGACUCUCGGUAUUCCACGCCUUCGUGAAAUUUUAAUGUUAGCUUCUGCUAACAUUAAAACACCCUCAAUGGAUAUUCCAAUUAAUUUAAAUCAAACAAAAAAUGCCGAUAAGCUGCGGAUUAAGUUGAAUCGAGUUACGUUGGCGGACAUACUGCAAUUUGUUAAUGUGAAGACCAAACUGGUGCUAAGACCUGAGCGUGCAUAUCAAUAUAAGUUACGGUUCCAAUUCCUUCCACGCGAAGCAUAUCAGGACGAUUUCUGUGUUCGACCAAAAAAAGUACUGAAAUAUAUGAGUCAAGUUUUCUUUAAGCUUUUGUUCCGUGCCGUUAUAAAGUCGUCAAAAAGCAGAGCGACUUUAAUCGAUGUAAGCGAGGACAAAGGUAGCAGCGAUAAAAAUUUGGAUGAGGACGAUUCGAGGAAUGAAACGGGUGAACAAUCUAGGAAAGGAAAAUCUACGAACUCAGUUGAAGUAGACUCCUCGGAUGACGAGAAUGCUAAUGACGAUGUUGAUGCUACGGGCACUAAGUUAAAGUCCCGAAAACAAGACGAAACAGAAUAUGAUGACCCCGAAGAUUUGGAGGAAAUCCAAGAUGCGGGUGAUGACGAUGAGCUAGUAGAUAGUGAGAAUGAAGAUGAAGAUCAACAAGAUAGUGGGAAGACAGAUACGGUUGACGCCAUGACUGAAACCGUAUUGAGUAACGACAUGGUACAGGAAUAUACCUACGACAAAGAAAAACAUCUGUGGUGCAAGCUCACUUUUAAUCUCAACAUGAAAUACAAGAAACCAGAUAUAUCCUCUAUUAUUAGAGAGUUGGCUGGUAAAUGUAUUGUACAUCAAGUCCAGAAUAUAAAGCGCGCUAUAAUAUAUAAAGGAGAAGAUUCUCAACUCCUUAAAACUGACGGUAUUAACAUUGUUGAAAUGUUUAAAUAUAACGACAUUCUAGAUCUGAAUCGUUUAUAUUCCAACGAUAUCCAUGCUAUUGCCAAAACAUAUGGCAUUGAGGCAGCAGCUCAGGUUAUCAUUAAAGAAGUGACAAAUGUUUUCAAGGUUUACGGCAUUACAGUGGAUAGGCGACAUCUUUCUUUGAUUGCGGACUAUAUGACUUUUAACGGCAGUUUUCAACCACUUUCACGAAAGGGAAUGGAGCAUUCGUCUUCACCAUUGCAACAAAUGUCAUUUGAAUCUUGCUUGCAAUUUUUGAAAAAUGCCGCGGGCAGUGGGCUCGUAGAUGAGCUCAACUCACCAUCAAGUCGUUUAAUGGUUGGCUUGCCGGUACGAAAUGGGACAGGUGCCUUUGAGUUAUUAACUAAAAUUAAUUAAACACAAGACAAUAGGUUACAAAAAAUAAAGUUCUAAGAGUUUGUAUAA